AUGUUCACAGGCUGUGGAGUGGUCAGUGGCCAGGGCCAGUACCUGACCAGAGAUGCUGUCAGGCCUCACCCAGGCCUGGAGGUUCACAGACAGAUCCAAAUGGAUGUCGGGGUAAACCCGGGCACCUGCCCUUCCUACCAGUGUCAAGCUUACAGAGGCGCAGGGCAGCCGCCAGCGGUCAACACUGUGGCCAGUCUGACAAAGCCGGCCCAACAGCCAACGCCUCCCGCUGGACUCAAACUGGGACAGGGAGGAUUCAAGAAGGUCUGCCGAACCGAAGAGGACAGCCCCUGCCCCUUCCCAGGACUGGCCUCCGGAGUGCUGGAGAUGCGCGUGAAGGAAGGCAGCAAGAUUCGCAACUUAAUGGGCUUUGCAAUGGCCCGCAUGCAGGGAGAGACAGUGAGCGGUGGGGGAGCGGUGAGUGGUGGUGGUGGGCUGAGGCAGGUCAUCUUCACCGGGUCAGGUCGCGCCGUCACCAAGACCAUCACCUGCGCUGAGAUCAUGAAGAGAAAGGUGGGCUCCCUGCACCAGCUGACCAAGCUGCGCUACAAGUCGGUGAAGGAGGUGUGGGAGAGCCACGAGGGGGAGACUUCGGAGACGACGGUGCACAGGACGGUGCCCUCCAUCAGCAUACUCCUUUCCAAAGACCCUCUAGAUCCCAGGGAGCCGGGCUACCAGCCCCCGGAGACUCUCGGCGCACUGUGGGAGGAGGGCGAGGGCGGGGGUGCCCCGCAGACAGCGUGCAAGAGAGCUCCGGUUCCCCUGGCGUACGGCGGUUUCCCCGACUGUAAGAGAGUGUGCCUGGGGCAGGGGGGCUCGGUCCUGACCCCGCGCUGA